AUGUCUGAUCAUGGUAGCUUAGAGCCUUCUAACAGUUCAAGCUUACCGUUUAUUUCCACCUCAUACUCGCAUUUAAGCGAAAACAUACCGAGAAGGAUCAAAUCCAUUCUUGAAUACGAAAAUGAUAACGAUGAAGAGCAUAUCGAACACUUCAAGUAUAAGCAGGACUUGGAUCGGAAGCUCACGGUGACUUCGAUCAUUGGCUUGGGGUUCUCACUUAUGGGUGUCCCCUUUGGGAUAUCGUCCACUCUAUGGAUUUCCUUGAUGGACGGUGGGAAUGUCACCAUGUUGUACGGUUGGAUCAUAGUGGCAUCCUUUUCCAUCUGCGUGGUGUUAAGUCUAAGUGAGAUCAUCUCUAAGUAUCCUACAUCCGGUGGCGUCUAUCAUUUCAGUGCACUUUUAAGUAACGACAAGUACUCCCUAACUAGCUCGUGGUUCACCGGAUGGUUUCUUCUUAUUGGCAACUGGACUUAUUGUGUAAGCAUUUUGUUUUCAGGAUCUCAGUUCAUCUUGUCCAUCUUCGGAUUGAAAAACGUCUAUUACAAGGAAGAUAUCUUCUUCGUCUUGGGAGUGUACUUCAUCUUGCUUAGUUUAUGUGGGUUCGUCAACUUCAAGCUCUCCAAGUACUUGGAAGCGAUAAACAAAAUGUGCAUAAUUUGGUCUAUUGGCUCGGUGUUGCUCAUCGAUGUGCUAUUGAUCGUAUUUGCCAAAAGAACUAACCUGAUCAAAGACAUCUUGUCGACCUUUGAUAACAGUAGGUCAGGUUGGCCCGACCCAAUUGCCUUCAUGGUUGGAUUCCAAAGUUCCUCCUUUACAUUGACAGGCUAUGGGAUGCUAUUCUCCAUGACAGAUGAAGUCAAGAGACCAGAAAGGAACAUGCCGAAGGGAGCUGUGAGUUCCAUUUUCAUAUCUGGAAUUUUUGGGCUUAUUUUCAUUCUCCCUGUUUUGACCAUCUUGCCUGAAUUGAAAUUACUUCUAGAUGAUACUCCGGAGAUCAUGCCCAUUGAUAUCGUGUUCAAAGCUGCGACUGAGUCGUAUAUUGUGUCAUUUUUAUUGGCACUCUUACUUAUUGGAACAGUUUUCUUCCAGGCUGUCGGCUCCUUGACAACGGCAUCUAGAACUACAUAUGCCUUUGCAAGAGAUGGUGGCUUACCAUUUAAGAAUUUGUGGGUGGAAGUUGAUGAUAUUGAGCAAUCUAGAAUCCCUAAGAAUGCACUUUUUCUUUCCAUGGUUGUGUGUGCAGUGUUAUCGCUUUUGUCGUUAAUAUCGAGCUCUGCGUUCAAUGCAUUUAUGGGGGCAUCGGUUAUAUCUUUGUCUCUUGCAAAUGGAAUCCCAAUUCUUUGCCUGAUGUUAAAUAAGCGUAGAAAGAUCAAGGGAGCAGCAUUCAGGUUGAAGUACUUGUGCUCUGGCUGGAUUAUAAACAGUAUAUCAGUAUUUUGGGUGGUUCUCCUGGCAAUUAUCUUAUGUUUCCCGCCUGUAAUCAAGGGAAUGACAGCAGCUACGAUGAAUUAUGCAAUAGUUGUCUUUUUGGCAUUUACAGCAAUAGUGACUCUUGGCUACAAAUUCUGGGGUAUUACUAGUUUCGAGGGCCCUCAAAUCGAUACGGAUUAUUUUGAAUUACAAGGUAUACAAGAACAAAGUGCAAGACCUGAAGAUUUUGUAAUUGGAAUAGAUGACCAGGAUGAUGAAGAAGAUGAAUUACAUUACAAUGAAGAUGCUGAGUCUGUCAUGACCAAGAAAGACCCAAGCAAGUCCAAAAAGACAGUUCACUGGACCUCAUCCAAUCGAAAUUCUUUUGACGAACAGGAAACUAUAGUUGGUUCCCAAUACGAAGCAAGAACCCUAUUAGAAGAUCCAACAGAAGGAAGAAGCAACUAA